AUUAGUUUACUCUUUCCAGAGUUAACUAAUUUUUUUAGUUAGGUGUCACCAAUAAUGUUUAACAAAACAUUUGCUAAAGGAAAAGCACCGCCUAUUCAUUUGGCUUCUAUGAUCGGAUAUUCGGUUUUAUUUUUUGCAACUGUUGGUACAAUAGCAAACAUCCUUGUCUUAAUAGUACUUUCGCUUUCUAAGAAAAGUCGCACGUCGCAUUACAAACGCUUAAUAUCCCAUUUAACGUUGACAGAUCUUUUAUGCUGCGUUCUACUUUAUCUUUAUGUUCCAGUGGAACUAUUUCGACACAAUUGGCAAUACGCUAAAAGCUUGUGCAAAUUAAUAUAUCCAGGAAUAACACUUUGUACAAAUUUAUCGGUAGGAACUAUACUAAUGAUAACACUGGAAAGAUACCGAGGUGUUAUACUUCCUCAUCUCACACCAUGGCGCCGAUACAACGUAUCAGUAGCAUUAGUUAUUGUUUGGAUAUUCUGUUUAAUAAUUAUUAUACCAAACAUAGCAACACUUAAAGUAUUACUAUACGAAGAUAAACAAUAUUGCAACGAACACUGGCAGAGUAAACUUUUGCAAAAAGUUUAUGGUAUAUCAUAUUUUUGCUUAUCAUUUUUUCUUCCUUUCUUGGCUAUAGCAAUUAUGCACGGACACAUAAUGUAUCGUUUAAAAAACAAAGAGCUUUUGCCAGCAAACAUCAGUUCAUGGAAUCAAAAGAGCCAAAACAGGAUAACAAAAGUCCUUACCACUGUGAUAUUUGGAUUUACUAUAUGUAUAUUACCAAACAAACUUUUAUACCUUGUUUGGGAUAUAGCGCCAGAACUAGAAAAAAAAAGCAACGCACGUUUUUACUUAAGAACAAUACAAAUACUGUAUUGGUCAAGAGUGGCAAUUGAUCCUCUGUUGUACUGCUUUUUAGACACUCGCUUCCAAAAAGAUCUCAUUAACAUGAUGAAAAAAAUAGGAGCACUGAAUAUUAUGGAGGUGGAAAUGAAAAAGACAAAUAUAUCAGUUUUAACGAGUGUGAGAUUGGAUUCUUUAAAAAUAAGAAGUGAAACGCUAAAAAAAUACGAAAUAGAAAAUAACGACGGAGUCGAAAAAAAGAAUGAAACUCCAAUAAUAAUAGAUAAUCCAAUUAAAAACAUUUAAGAGUUGAAAUAUCGAACGAUAUAAAACGAAUCUCAUAGAAAAGAAAUAUAAACAUAAGUUGCACUAAGGAUAUUUUUUUCACAAGAAUAAUUUAGAAAAUAAUUACUUAUUUAAAUAUAUUGUCAAGAAUCAAGUGUAAGCAACGGGUAAAUAAAUUGGAAGUAUAGAUUUUUUCUUUUUUAAAACUUAUGGCGACAAUCAGUAACAUGAAAUCAAGAAUGAAUAAUUUACUAUUACUAUCGCACAAUAAAGAUCAGGUACAUCAAAACAACAAUAAAUUAUUCAACUACUGUACAUCAAAACAUGUUUGUUGAAAACAAAAUUGUUGUUUGUAUACUUUUUUAAAAACUUUUAGACCUAUUAUCGUAAUUUUUAUAAGAAAAUCAAGAAUUUCUUUUUAACUUUCUAUUUUUCAAAAACCACGUUAGUCACGAAACGUUUUGGACUAAUUUUACGCAUGCCUUUCAAGAAUAAAGAUUUGAAAAUAAAAUGUUUACAUAAAAAUUUGAUUUAUCAGAGCUUCUGAUGCUACACCUCUUCAAGACUUUUGGCGUCCUAACGAGAAUAACGACGCCCUAAACUGCAGACUUUAUUUUGUUGGAUCUUUUACAUUUACAGAAACGCCUUAAAACUAUAAAUAACCUAUAAUAUAAAAUAUAAUAUAUAAUGUUAGUUACUGAGACUU